AACAUGUUUUGCUGAGAAGACACAAGUGGUCGGAUCUGUCCAAAAAGUAAUUGUGACGGUCACAAGAGGCAAACAUGAAAAGCAAACCGGUUCGAAGUAAAAGAUUUUAAUUAACACAGUCUCGUCUCUUUCCUACUCUCUGUUUCAACCCUAGUUGUCGUCUUCCUCUCUAUCAAACACCAUUCAGUGUAAAAAACAGAGAGACGAAACAUAACGAGAGCUUUCCAACCCCUAAAAUAAUCCAACUCCUGAAGUUUUAAUCGGGUCCUCCUCCACCGAGUUCUUACCUCUUAGAGAUGCACCUGUCAGAACUCUGAGAUUUGUCUUUUUGCUAUAUUUUUUGUGGAUAUUUUUUUUAUGUUUCUCAGAUCCAUCAAUCUGAUCCACACACACAAAAGUUUUGAUCAUUUAUUAAGCUUUGAUCAUGAGAGGCCUCUUCUUCUUGUUCUUCUUCUUAACAUGUCUAGCUUUCUUCCCUGAUCCUCUACACGGAGGUGUACCGUACAACGGAAGCAUCGCUCCAGGGUUCGAAGGGUCUCAGAUGAAUUACAUCAACAACGACGGUAUCUUACUCGAAUCCGUCAACAAAGACUUCGGUUUCGGUUUCGUAACCACACCAGCUUCCGUCACUCUGUUCACUCUCAGCGUCGUCCACAGAAGAAGCUCUAGACUGAUCUGGUCGGCGAACAGAGCUUUCCCUGUUUCAAAUUCCGACAACCUUCAGUUCCAAGACAACGGGAAUGUGGUGCUGCGUAGUGAAGAACGAGGAUCAGAUGUUUGGAGAUUGGAUAAUUCAGGCAAAAACGCUUCAAGAAUCGAGCUCCGUGACUCCGGAAACCUCGUUGUUGUUUCCGCCGACGGAGCUUCGAUAUGGGAGAGCUUUGAUCAUCCUACUGAUACGCUUAUCACGAGUCAAGUCUUUAAAGAAGGCAUGAAGCUCACUAGCAAUGCUUCUUCUUUGAGCAACAUGACUUAUGUUCUUGAGAUCAAGUCAGGAGAUAUGUUUCUGUCUGUGAACAGCUCGACACCUCAAGUGUAUUGGUCCAUGGGAAGUGAUAGCGGGAGGAUCCCUGACAAAAACGGUGGUGUAGUGACAUCAUCGUCUCUACUUGGGAACUCGUGGAGGUUCUUUGGUGAGAAACAAGCUUUGUUAUGGCGGUUUUUGAUUACAGACAAUAGAGAUGAUAACGGUACUUGGAUAGCGGUUUUGGGAAACAACGGUGUGAUCUCCUUUACAAGUCUUGGAAGUGGUGUGUCUGCGGCUGAUUCUUCCACUAAAAUCCCAAGCGAUCAGUGUGCGACCCCCGAGCCUUGUGACCCUUACUACGUCUGCUCUGGUAGUAAAGUCUGUGAAUGUGUGUCAGGGUUGUCAAGGUCUAGGUCAGCUUGUAAUACCGGGAUCACUUCUCCUUGUAAGAAGACUGAGAACAAUGCAGCGUUGUCUGUGAAACUUGUAAAAGCUGGAGACAGGGUUGACUAUUUCGCUCUAGGGUUUGCUUCUCCCUUCUCUAAGAAUACUAAUCUUGACAGCUGUAAAGAGUUCUGCAACAGCAACUGCUCGUGCCUCGGUCUUUUCUUUCAGAACAGCUCUGGUAACUGCUUCUUGUUUGAUUGGAUUGGGAGCUUUAAAACAUCUGGAAAUGGAGGAUCUGGUUUUGUCUCUUACAUCAAGGUGGCUACUAAUGGUGAGAGAGGUGGAGAUAAGGGAGAAGAUGAUGGGAAACAUUUUCCAUAUAUAGUAAUCAUUGUCUUGGUGACGGUUUUGAUCAUCGGUGUUUUGAUCUUUGUGGCGUUUCGGAUUCUUAGGAGAAAGAAAACACCUUUGGAUGAUGAUCAAGAUCAAGAACAGAGUUCAGAUGAGGAUAACUUCUUGGAUAAUCUAUCUGGUAUGCCUAUUAGGUUUACUUAUAAAGAUCUUCAGUCGGCAACGAAUAACUUCUCUGUCAAGUUAGGUCAAGGAGGGUUUGGAUCGGUCUAUGAAGGGUCUUUACCUGAUGGUUCUCGCUUAGCCGUUAAGAAGCUUGAAGGGAUAGGUCAAGGCAAGAAAGAGUUCAGAGCCGAGGUUAGUAUCAUUGGAAGCAUUCAUCAUCUACAUUUGGUGCGGCUUAGAGGGUUCUGCGCAGAAGGAGCUCAUAGGCUUCUAGCUUAUGAGUUCUUAGCUAAAGGUUCGUUAGAGAGAUGGAUAUUUAGGAGAAGAGAUGGAGAUAUACCGUUGGAUUGGGACACACGGUUCAACAUCGCGGUCGGAACAGCUAAAGGUUUAGCUUAUCUACAUGAAGAUUGUGACGCAAGAAUCAUUCAUUGUGAUAUUAAACCUGAGAACAUACUAUUAGAUGAUAACUUCAACGCCAAGGUAUCUGAUUUUGGACUAGCUAAGCUCAUGACACGCGAACAGAGCCAUGUCUUCACAACAAUGCGUGGGACAAGAGGGUACUUGGCUCCUGAAUGGAUCACAAACUACGCGAUCUCGGAGAAGAGCGAUGUUUACAGCUACGGGAUGGUGUUGCUGGAGCUGAUAGGAGGAAGAAAGAACUAUGAUCCAUCAGAGUCAUCAGAGAAGUGUCACUUCCCUUCUUAUGCUUUUAAGAUGAUGGAAGAAGGGAAGCUUUUGGAGAUUGUUGAUGGGAAGAUGGAGAACGUUGAUGUGGAUGAUGAGAGAGUUCAAAGGGCGAUGAAGACUGCGCUUUGGUGUAUACAAGAAGAUAUGCAUUUGAGACCGUCGAUGAGCAAAGUUGUUCAGAUGCUUGAAGGAGUUUUUCCUGUGGUUCAGCCACCGUCUUCUUCCACUUUGGGCUCGAGGCUUUACUCUAGUUUCUUUAAGUCCAUCAGUGAGGAAGGUGGUGGUACGUCAUCUGGACCGUCGGAUUGUAACAGUGAUAAUUAUAUCUCCGCUGUGAGACUCUCCGGUCAGAGAUAGCAGUUAUGUGUUUUUUUUUUUGAACACAAGCCGUUAUGUGUUUUAGUUAAUCUUUAGUAUAGAUUUUUGGCUCACCAUAUGAUGUAUAUUGUGUUGUGUUUAUUUUUUCUUUAAAAUAUUGUUCUCUCAGUUUUGUAAUAUUGCAAGAUUUAUCAUCUGCUA